UUUUGCGCUUCAGUGGAGUAUUCAAUCAGUGUGUGUUUCUCUCUAACCUGCCUGCCUUGCUUAUGAUGCGGGGAAAGGUGGGAAACCGAAUCUGACAACAUUCAACAGUCUGCUGCAUGACUCUCGCUCCCAAGCUGAGCAGCAGCUCUCCGUCUGAUUGGCUGAGAAGAGCUCAAGCUCCGAGUGGAGGCAAAGGAUGCCAGAGUGCUCAGGCAGUGCAUGGAGAGGGAUGCAUGCAGGGGUCGUCGGCGACACGGACAGCGCACUGUUAUGUGCUUUUGCAGCGCGUUUCUAAGCAGCUUUGCAACUUUCAAGCACACGUCUGAUGCGAGUCCAGUCCCAUACGGAGCAGCUUAGGUGUGAUGUUUUGGCUGCGUGUUGCACAAGCCCCGCUCCCGCUCAGUUCCACUGCCGCCGACACAUCCUCCCUGGAGUGAUGGGCUCCAAGUUAACCCGACAAAGAAGUCUGGAUUUUGAGAGCAAAUUGACCAAAAGGAGGCACCAGCGGAAUGAUCUGCCCAAAGAGGACGAGAGAAGUGGCGGCAGGAGCGGCGGAGACUUCUUGUUUACAUCCCUGAUGCUCAAGUCCGACAAGCUGCCGGGGAUGCUGCGGAAAACCAACCAGAGCCCGUAUGUCAGACGGGUGGCCUGGGUCCGGGAGAUCCAGAGGAUGCUCCGGGAGCACAAGACUGAGCAAGCAGGUGAAGUGCUCAAACUACUGAGGAAGGAUUUGGGACUGCAGGGAUCAUCACUGAACGACAUUUUGUACAAGAACGCAGCUUUUCUCAACCUGGUGGACCCCAUUUCUCACGAGCUGCUGCUCAGUCUCGCCCGGGACCUGCAAUGCCCAAAACGGGAGACUGAGUCACUCAAAUCCACCAACAAGAUCUGCCGCCAGCUGAUUUACCACUUGACCCCUCACUCCAAGUGGACUAAACAGAGCGUGCCCAGAAGGAAGUCCCAGGCAUGUCUGAAGACCACCCUGAAGAAGCGUCUGUCUGGUGACGUGGUGAACCUGUCAGGAAUCCCGCUGUCCGGACGCGACGUCCACCGCGUGGCCUUCUACCUGCAGACCUGCAGUGAGGCAGUGUCGGCUGUGGACCUGAGCUUCGCCGAGCUGCAGGACGAGAGCUUGCGUCUGCUGCUGCCCUUCCUCAGCUGCCUGCCCAAACUGACCACGCUAGCCGUCAAUGGCAACCGCCUCACAGCCGCCAUACUAAAAGACCUGACGGAGACUGUGAAGGACCCCAGAAAGUUCCCCAGUCUGGCCUGGAUCGACAUGGGCAACAACGUGGACAUCUUCACCGUCCCACAGCCGCUGCUCGUGGCCCUGCGGCGCCGCUUUGGUUUGCGCAGCAGCCUGCCCACCAUCUAUGAGUACAGCGAGGCACAGGUGUUUGGUAGCUACAACCCAAACAUGGAGACGUCUGUGGAGGAACCCAGUCUGUAUGAGGAGGGGGAUGUAGAGGAAGACGAUAGAGUGGAGGAGGAGGAAGAGGAGGAGGACAGACUGGAGCUUCGAGCCUGGGGCUUCAGAGAGGAAAACAUGUCAAAGAAUGUGCCGCUCCACUUCUGUGGGAGGUGAUCGCCCAGGGCGGCUUUCUUUUAGACUGGCAGCCUCUUGUAUCCUCAAGUCUAGCCUGCUCUGCUAGAGUGGCAGGAGAUGCUGACGUUGACCCACACGUUUCUGAAAAUAACUUUAAAAUGAGUAACCAUGUUGUGUGUCCCUGUGGACGCUCUGAACACUGCAGACAGCUCUGUGCUUUUACAGUCAGUAAGAAUAAAUUUGUACACUGAUUUCAUCUUUAUUUAUCCAGGGAGGUUUUACUGAACAGGCUUAUUGUUUUCCAGUGCAACAUAAUUGUAAAACUGGGAGAUUUCCUGUAAAAACUCCCAGUUUUCCAAAACUGUCCACUGGAGCCGUUUGGGAAUUAAGUGCCUUAAACUCGGGCACAUCAGGAGGAGCUGCUGAAGAAGACAGGAUCAUUACAUGGCUUUUUUACUUUAUGUAGGGCUAAAGCUGCUGGAAUCAAGAAUAAAUAUAAACCCGGCACUGUAAAUAUAUUACAACAACUUUCCAAUUAAAAACCCCUUUAUUUAUUUAUUUAUUUCCUGUCUCAGCAAACGCAGAAAGAGGGCGAAGGUUGCUUAGAAACGUACAGUAAUUUUAAUACCUCAAAACAAUGCACUUUCAUCUGCAGAUAACAAAACUCUAAAAUGAAUAGAAUAGAAAAUGUAAACUUUUGAAAUGAAAUUGGGGAAGACAAUAGAAGAAAUAAGAAUUAAGAGAAAGAAAGGCUAAAGGUAGAAAUACAUAUAAACAUGGAUUUUCUUCAAAAAUUAAUACUUAAAAAUUACCAAAAGCAUCCAUAAAACCAUAAAAGCCAGACGUAAAUGAAACGCAUAUUGAAAAAAUAAGUAGAUUAACUAGAACAUGUAAAACUACUACCAUAUUUAACUAGCCAUUUAUAUAUUUUUUACCAUUUUUGGCCAUCCAAUACUUUACCCUACAUGUGACUCCUCAAAGUCAGCUUUAUUAUCAAUUGCUACAUUUGCCAGACUUGCAGCUAAUUUGAGAAUUUGAUCCUGAUAAACACACAGUGCGACACACAAUACGCAGCAUCUAAAGGAAAGCACCAUAACGACAAACAGCAACAUUAAACCAGCUUAAAUCUAUUCAGUGAGUUUCCAAAAAAUUGUCUACAGUGUAUCAGUUGUUUGUUAAAAAUUCGCCAAAAAUUGAAUGUUUAACUUCUCGUAAAGUCGUGAAACUUUCUGCUGAGCCCUGGAGCUUCCCGGAGAUUCUUCUGAUGCCUCAGAUAUUUUUCAACUUGACUUCAUUCCAGAUAGCAACAAAUUAACACAAAGCAAAUCUUUGGAAACAAGAUCACACACUGAUGGUGUUUGGCAGAGACUUUUUGCCAUUAAAUGGAGCGAACUGUAGAUCUGUGACAGAGACUUCUCUCCCAGCACAGGGUAGAGGAAGGACACCAGAAUAUUUUUUGUAUUGUUUUGAGGUGGCGAGAAGCAUAGCAAAACGUUUUCAUUUUAAUGUCUAAGAAAGCUGAUCAGGAGAGGCUUGCAAAAGAAACAACAGCGUCAACAAUUAUUAUGUUUUAAUGGUCGUAGGGCCAUUUUUAUAAAAGUUUAAUGGCCACAAGUCCUAAAACUGUAUUUGGCAAAAUAUGCAGGCAGAGAGUCGCCUCAUUAAUAUUAAACCCAAUGUAAAACAUGAUUUCUCACCCACGGGGUGAUGGACUCGUCGGAAUAACAAUUGGUGCUGAGCUGCACAGAGCGAACAGAGACGAGGCUUCAGGGAAAAGGAACACAAACGUCCUCAAGUCGUCCAGAUAGAUCUAGAAGAUGUAGAUUAUUUCUGAAGAUGACUCUAAGUGGAUACACACUGAAUGCCAUCAUCCAGUCUGGUCAAAUGUGAGGAGGAAAUGUAAACUUUGCAUGGAGUCAAAGGUGUCGGGUGCAAAGUAGUUGUGUUUUAACUUUGUUUUUAGUAAAUGAUCAUAAUUGGACGCAGAUUUGUGAGAAGUAUUUACGUUUUAACAUUUCAAUAAGUUUCAUUUAAUUUGCAUUCUUUAACGUCCGUUCUGCUGUCUCCUGUUAGUGAGGUAAUGAUGCAUUUGAGCAGUAUUUUGCGUUGGCUCCUGUGAUUUUCACCAUGACUCAUUAAGAGGAAGAUACAUUUGUUUCCAUUUUUUCCCGAAAAUAGGAUUCAUUUGUCGUACUUCUAUGAACGAUACAUCUGUAGCUGCUGCUAAGUGUCUUUGCAGAGAAAAGCCAUGUCCUGAUACACACACUCAGACCUCACACACAGUGUUUGGGUGCGAGCCGCUGAUGAACUGAUUACUGCCUCUAUCAGGCCUCGUUAUCCCCCUUCUGUCACAGAUGGUGUGGAGAGCUUCGAUUUUUUUAUUUUUUUUUUCUUAGAAAAUAGGACUGGCCCCAGAUAAUUUUGGCCAGAGAUGAUUUCUGAACGUCUCUAUUUAUGAAUUUGACUGAGCGGAACAACCGUUUUUAGGGUUUAAUCACCACGUACAAGGAGGCCACAACAAGCAGCUCUGCUUUUUCUGUUGUUGUACAGGAAGCUCUUUGUUGUAGCAUGAAAACAAUCUUUCUUUUCUGACUACAGUUUUUAUUUUAUUGAUGUUACUGUUUUGUGUUGAUUUUAAGCAAAUAGUUGUGACUUGGAGUAGAGAGAAUUUCUUCAACCGAACUAGUUUUUCAGUAAAUUUGAGCAUUUGUUGGUAAAUUAAAGACAAAAAUUGAAACUUGUGAAUGCAGCUCCACAUCUGCUCGCUCCGUGUCCUGCCUGCAAACAAUGUGGUAGGGUUUGUUUUAUUUCCUGCUUAUUAUUUUUGCGAAAAUCUGCUUCCUUGUCUUCUGAGAACAGAACGGCAGAUUUGUGUGCUUGCAUAAGUUACUGUAACAAGGUAAUUAGAGUGUGUGUCUGUUUAUGUUGUGGACACACAGAGUAAAUUGCUACCUUUGAUCAUAGAAAUGAAAUGUUUGCUCAUUUGCACUUUUAAGAACGACUCCGUCUCUGUAUGCAUAAUUUGUUUGUUUUUUUCAUUGUGACUCAUUGGCACAAAAACAAGCCACCUCAGUCGUGUGUCCUAAGAAAACAGAUUUUUUUUCUUAACUUCUUUGGUUUGCAAGUUAAAUCUUCAACCUUUUUAUUAACGUUGGUGUUGUGAUAAAAAUCAUUUGUGAGUCUGCUCGGUCUUGGUUUUUGCUGUUCUGGUUCAUUUCUAAGGUGGAAAUAGUGUUUGCCUGCAGCUGCUUAAAAUAAAAAGUGAUUUCAAUAAGAUAA